UAUCCGCCCUAAAUUAUAAUUUCAUGAUGUAUCUUCGCGGAUAAGUUGCGAUGAUACAUUUAUAAUAAAUUAAACACACGUCUGUUAUUGAUUGUUUCUUUUUUUUUUUUUACUUUGCGCACUCAGUUUAAUGAUUCAUGUCCUACCAGUUCUGCAACCUUUCGCUUAUUCAUAAAUAUCUAACCUACACGUCACCCAUCUGGCAGAAGAUGCCUUUAAUUUCAUUUCAAGAUGUGAAGGUGUGCUAAGGAUCGGCCUCGGACCGUUUUUAUUAAACAUAGGUGUGUUUAUUUGGUUUUCUAAUUAAAUGUUUGAAUGAAUCUACUGGCACCGGGACAUAAGCCAAGAGAUCAUAAGCAACUGUCUUUAAAAGUAGUUUGUGUCAAUACGAGCGAACAGAGGAUAGAUGUUUCCAUAAAUGGGGAGGAGAGAGAGAGGGCGCGAGCGCGUGGGUGUGUGUGGGAAGUAAGGCGGUGAAACGGUUUAAGAAAAGUUGUAGCACGUGUUUUGCUUAAUUUUUCAGUCUCUCUUAUGGAUUUAUCGCAUUUUUACCACGAUAACCGUUGUUGGGUUAUAUUGCAAUUUAAAGUAGAGAGAAAUGGACUUGAUCUUCACAUUUAAAAAUCGUAUUUACUAAUAGGAUACCAGUCGAUUUCGUCAUGGCCCUCUUAAUGGAGCUUUGGGAAUGCAACAUGGAAAUGUCUCAUAAUGAAGGCAGGGAAGCGUCUUAUCGUAGGCGUGAAUCCGACAUUACUCCAGCAUGGAUGGACCAGGAUAACGCAUUGGCUGUUCAUUUACAGCAGAAUGGCAUUGAGGGGACAACAUCCAGUCCAAAUAUUGACGUAAUUGCAUCCAGUCCAGAUCUUCAGUGGUUUCUGCAGUCAUCUCUACUUUCCCAAUCAGAGACCACCAUGGGAACGUUUUCCUCAUUCGUACCCACCAGCAUGUCUAACUGUUCCUGUUUGUCACAGUGCUUCAGUCCUAACCAGUGUUGUAUAGGAGCAGUAGGGAAUGGUUCAGUAGGACAUACUAAUAUGCAUAUGUCCUCAGAGGAGCUUGAAAAGACUAGGAUCCGCAGGGAAAGAAACAGAGUAGCAGCUGCCAGAUGUCGGGACCGUCGCCGUGCGCUUAUAGAUACAUUACAGAAUGAGACAGAUCAUUUGGAACAUGUGAAGACAAAAUUAGAGGAAGAAAUUGCUGCACUUGAAAGAGAGAGAGAAAGGCUAGAGUUGGUAUUUGAGGCACAUUUGCCCAUCUGCAAGGUGAAAGACCCAAAACCAGAAUAAGCAAUAAUGCUGGUCAUGUUUACUGCUGUGUCUGCUGGUUCAGAGCAGCCAUUUAUAAUGUAACUAAUAGGCUUAUAUAUGCUUAAGAAAGCAGAAUGCUAAAAUAUCUUUUCAUGUUACCUUAUGUAUUAUGAUAAUGCAUGCACUGUUAAGUUUACUUGUUAUGAUGAUAAAUCACAGAUUCAAGUGAUGUUUCUUUUUUUAAUAUACAAAUAUCACAUCAGGGGUAACAAAUAUAACCAGGGAGACAUGACCAGUGGACAUUUAUACAUUUCUAUGCUUGUCCGCUUCCCUUAUGGGAAACAAACAAUACCCAAGCCUUAAUGUGCCACCCACCUUUAACUUUACAUUUUAAACGCAUUUUUAGUCCUUAUAUAGUCAUAGCGUAUAAAACUUGAACAGAAACACUAAUGCUGCUGCAAUAACAAUGUUAUUACAUUCUCUUUUUUAUUUCAAGGUUAUGGAAAAAUGUUGUUCUGUAAUGCCAAAUCUGUAAUGUUUUAGAUUUUUAGAAUGUCUAGAUUUUCAAUAUAUUUCUAACAUACACUCUAAAAACAAAAAAAAGGUGGUUCACUGGCUUGUAAGGGGAACCAUUUUAAGUGCCAUAUAGCAGUACCUGUGUAGAACCUUAUUGUGCAAUGUAGAACCAUAAGUGGUGCUAUAUCACCUCGUAUGUUCUUCAUCGGUGCUAUAAAAUAAUCAGUAAAAAUGGUUCCCCUAUGAUUACAAACUGCUUUUUGGCACCAUUUUGUUUUAGAG